AAUUCUAUAUUCAAGUCCAAUCCCUUUCUACAAAAUAUGACGAGAGAUGCAAGAAUGUUGGAGAUGGGGCAUCUAAUCUAACAAACAAUGGAUGAGGCUACUUUCCGUGAUACCCAGGUUCACGUCCAUAGAUGUCUACAUAUUCAGAGAACUGCAACAGUGCACACUCCUUUCAAAGACUGGGUGCAGCAAAGAUUGUUCUUACUGCCCUCAGUAACAUUGGAUCGAAAGCUCAAAAAUGAUGGACAAGGAUGUUGGAGCAGCAAAAAAAGUGUCCCACCCCUUUGCUCAACCAUAGUUGAUGGUGAAAAGGCUCUAAUUACCUUUGGCAGUUACAACGGGAACUACAACAACGAGAUCUUUGUUUUGAAACACAAGGCAAGACAUUUAGUUCAACCUCGUCUUCUUCAGUCACCCGUUGUAGCUGUCGUCGCCGCUUCUGUGACAAUUGGCUAUGUUGUAAUUACUACCACAGAUGAGAAACCCAGAGAUAUUAUUGUGACAGAUAAUUUUGAUAUCAAGAGAACUCAACCUGCAAGUAAUUCCAAAAUGAUCGUUGCUGAAACUGAUGUACUUACUGGAGAGAAUGGUAAACUAGCGACCAGACUGGCAGAAGUUCGUGAUGAAAAUUAAAUUAUAUAUUAGACAUGACAAACUUGCCAUAUGGUGAAUUGGCAAAGGUAAAGCUUUCUUUAUGUUCUCCGGUAAUGCUUGAUUUUUGUUGACAAUCUCUGCCUUUUUUCCUUUCAAAGAAGCUUAAAUUAGUUCAAGAUCAACUAGCACCAGAGGGUUCAAGAUGAUAGAAGCCUGAUGUGCUAAACUUAAACAUGCAGUUGAUUCUGUGACCCUGAACGCUUAUUUUCUGGUUUCUUUCGCUUCUGAUUACUUGCCUUUUGUCCUGAACCUGUCAACUUAGUCCCAAAUUGCUGCUGCACGGAAGAGAAUGAAAUCUUUGUGGUUUUCUUUGUCUAAUUUUGUGGCUGCAUUACAAUAUGUCAUAUAUAGUACAACAUAUGGUUGGUUACUUGGUUUAAUUUAGUCCCGUGCAUGAGGUGCUAGCGCCCAAUAGGGCGCUUCCUUUUUCUAGUUCCAUAAAUACUACUGCCACUGCAACAAUAUGUUGCAUACGUAC